CUUUUACCAGGUGUAUUUGCAGAUACAGCUGAUCCUGCUACACUGUAACGUCGGUUCCUCAGAUGUGAUCAGAUGGGAUAUCAUUGCCCCAGGAUGCUUUGCGCGGAGUGUAUGACGGAAGGUUUCCUGCGAGCAACACGUGGAAUAUAGAUAACGCUCCAAUGAACAGCUAGCCUAUAUGUUCCUUUCCUUUCAUUUCAAAUUAUUUUCAUGAAAACUGCAUGAAGUGAGGACAUAACUGACUGACCUAUCAUUGCAUUCCUUGUACAGUGAGGGACAGCGUGGGGAUGGAAUAUCUACCCGACCGUAACUCCAGGUAUAAAGACGUGGACUACUGGGAUGAGAGGUACAAGACAGAGAAGUCGUUUGAAUGGUUCGGAGACUUCUCCAAGUUCCAGCAUCUACUUCAGCGUCACGUCAUGAAGGACGAUGCCAUCCUUGUGCUUGGUUGUGGUAACAGCUCUAUGAGCAGUGACAUGUACGAUGCUGGCUACCACUCCAUCACCAACAUAGACUACUCCUCUGUGUGCAUCGACACCAUGAGUGCCAGGCAUGAUGCCACAUGCCCGGGCAUGACCUGGCACCAGAUGGACGCGCGCCAGCUCUCCUUCACGGACGCCUCAUACGACGUGGUCCUGGAGAAGGGCACCCUGGACGCCAUGCUGGUGGAAGAGAAGGACCCCUGGAAGGUGUCCACGGAGACUGCCUGUCUCAUUGACCAGGUACUCAGGGAGGAGCAGCAGAAGUUUGCAGUGACAGCCUCAACGGGAAUUCUUCAUCUCUGUUUCAGAAUCAGUCGUGUUUUAAAACCGGGAGGUCGUUUCCUGUCUGUAACCUUCGCCCAGCCUCACUUCAGGAAGCGCCUCUAUGCUCGCCAUGACUACUGCUGGUCUAUACGUACCCGUAGCUACGGAGACGGCUUCCAAUACUUCCUGUAUGUGCUGACCAAAGGGGAGGAGCUUAGUCCAGAGGAUGUCACUCUGGAGAGAAGGUUAUUGGAGGAGGCCCAAGAUCCGCCCAAUGAGGUCAGGACCCAGGAAGCAGACACUGAGUCCUUCCUGUAUUGUAUUGACCUAUAGGAGGCAGAAUCUCAAUGGACUCUACAACAGGCUACAAGUGACUUAUGUUUGCCAUUAUGCCAAAGACUGUUUUUAUCCACUGUGGCUUUUUAACCAGUUGUUAUACUGUGAUAAAUUUUUAGGAUUAUGUCAUGUAUGCGUUGUUUUAUUAAGUGAAAACAUCUUUGAUUAAAACUACUUAAAGGCCA